CCUGCGAGUGGGUCGCAGGAUUUCCAGGAAAACGCGAUUGCAAAUAUCAAAAUUGAUGGAGCGAUACACUCACUCAACGAGCCUCCCCCACCGGACAGUGCUAUUGUUAAAAAGGCGGUUCGGACCCUUGCCCCGAAAUUCGAAAUCGGCAGCAUCGUCCGGAAGAUGGACAUAGUCGCCGAUUGCCUGAGCAUGGCCUACUACGGGGUUGUCGCUGACGCCGACCUCCACAAAAAAGUCCAUGACAUGCAGUUUGACGUGUUGGACCUGAGCCACAUCCUGGAGCGGACCGUCCUGCAGUACCGCACCAAGGCUGACGAUAUCAUUGAUGAUCUGGAGUGCGGGUUUGGGUACCUCCUUGACGGGUUUGAGGAGGAGGCACUUGAGAGCUUCCAGGCCAUUGGCGUGACCAGCGAGCAGUUGAUGAAGAGUUUUCGUAAAUCCCCCGAAACGUAAACGCGAACGCCAGUCCCAUUGUUCGACAUCGUCAUCAGGAGCUCGAACAAUGGGAUAGGCGUUUACGUAGGCGUUUCGGGGGAUUUGCGAAAACUCCCUCUUAAGCUCCCGAAACGCCAUCUUGACCACCAAGGGUUUUUUCAUCUUAUUAACCCCGGCUACAUUUAAAGGGUUAUAGACCACUCACGAGGUUCAGGAUGCCGAAACACCAACGUGCUUAUUCCAUCAGCACCAGUGUUCGAAACCGUGACCAGGGUGACGAAGAGCGGGUUAAGCUUUCGCAUUAGAGUUAGAUAUUUGUAGAAACAUCGCGAGACAAUGGCUGAGACAAACGCAGAACAGAAAUCCAGCGUCACCGACAAGCAAAAGCUGAUAGAAAAAAAGUUGAAGCAAGCAGAGGAAGACACGUUGGCGUCUGAAUCCAGAUGUACCAAUUUCGAGGAGAAGGAGAGGGACGCGAGAAAAAACGAGACGGCUGCAACAAAGUCCGCCAGCUCGUUCAGCCAUGGCUUCUUCAAGAUGAUGACCUUAGGAUUCUACGAAGGCGACCCGAUCGUUGCCGAGCAGCAGGACAAGCUGGCGAAUAUCGCCCGUGAGGAUCUACAGAAUGGACGGGAGGAGCUAAAACGGUACCGCAAUGCGCAAAACAAGGCCCAUGAGGCGUUGAACGAGUUUACGCAGUCGCUCAAGACGACCAAGGAUACGGAAGAUAUUGCCGAGAUGGCGCUCCGUGGGGCGGAGACUGGGAUUAAGUCCCUCCAGGCGUCGCUGCAGUCGGCCGUGGGUGUAUGGGACAACCUGCACGAAGAGUGCGAGUCCAUUAGCAACAGUGAGAGUCUGUUUGCGAAGCUUCGCGAGAGGAAGACCGAGGAAGAAAGGAAGGAGUUCUGGUCGUGCCCGCUUUUCAAGAAAGGAGCCAUGAAAUUCUAUGCAAGGUGGGACGCCCUCCAAUGUAUUUGCGACAACUUCCACAAAGGCAGGAACCGGGUUGAGCAGAAGCUUCACUUCUGCAUCCAAGACAACCCAAGCGUCCGGGAGGCCAAGGACAAGAUUCCUCGGCUCAUUGAGCAGUUUGAUGAAAGGCAGAAGGCGGAGAAGGCACGCACUAUGGCAGAGGCGUAGGCAGAGCGUAAUGAAUAGGCGGCCUGGAGCAUGAGGAGGCCGAGGUUAUGGCCUCAAUCUUAUCUGAUUGUCUCCUUCAAAUGACAACAUUUCAACAUGAGCUGCACUGGUACUAUUUCCGUGUAGCGAAAUAGUGCCGAUAUUAGGCAGAUUUAUUCAUCACACUACUAAUUAAUGUAUUGAAAUUAUGUAUUUGAAAUUAUAUUACAGUACAUAGGUUUCGGAUACUUUAUGUUAAUAUUGAUAAUUGAAACAGUCAACAGACUGCAAGAAAACGUUCCACAUGGCGUGGUGCGUUUUAGCCAAUUAACUGAUCUGGUAAAUACCCAGCCGCCAGCAACAUGUCAGCGACUCGCGUACAACCCAGCAGUUAACUAUUCCGAGCAUAAAUUUAAGGGCUGCGAGGCAAGAUGACCUCAGUCCCAUUCGUGAACUAUAUGACACAGGUUAUUUUGUCAUGCAGUACAAAAUGACGACUCCGUUCACAGAGAACGAGUUGUAGAUUAAAUAGUUAUUUUGGUAUAUGUACAUUGUAUUUGUGACAUUGCAUCGUAUUCAAGUGGAUUCACAAUGCUAUCGCAUCUUUUGGGAUUAUACAAACAUGGUUUUUUUUAAACAGUGGUUUUUCCGCCUCUCAAAAUGACAUAUGAGUGAAAAACCCUCAAUUUCAGGAUGACUUUAGAACUUUCAAACUUUCAAACUCUUUUUCUUCUCAAACCCAUGAUUUUGGAGUUACUGGUAUUCUGGCCAUAUUGUAAAUGAUUACUAGCGACUCGUGAAUAUUUUCGAAUAUAUGCUUUAUACACAUGCAUAAGGGAUACAAAGUGAAAAGAACUAGUUUAGUUUGUUUUGGAAAAAAAUGUAUUUAUCGUAGAUGAAAAAUGCCGAGAUGAACCAUUCACAAUAAUUUUGAUUAUAAUAGAAUAAUUAUUGUUGAACAUACAUAUAAAAUUGAAAACAUUGUACGCAUUAUACAUUCCAUACAUCUUAUAAUGUAACGAUUGACAACAACCAAUAUAGACGAAUACAUUGUAUAACACUUGAAAAACAAACAGCUGAAGAAUAAAACACGUCUU